CAAAAUUUUAUGCGCGACGGAUAAUGUAUGCAUGGCUGGGCCUAUAAAUUGAGCGGCAGACGCCGGCAGCUCACAUUUCCAGUGAGACCACGGUAGUGAGAGGACGUGCCCGUGUUAUCUGCACUGUGUACUCCACGUUCCACGUUAUACCACCAGUGCGCCGUUCCUCUCCCCACAACAAAUCGCGAUCAUUCCUGACUGCUACGGACGAGAAUCGGACUACUCUCGAGGAUUGUAUGUGCCGUCCACGCUGCCCCGCUUCGCUCGAGUUUACCCGCCGGUUCGGGAUUUGAAACCCUUCGGACGACCAAUUGUAUCCGCACGCACGUUUAAAAUUCAACGCCGGGCUGCAUUCAUCGAGCUGUCACUCAAGCCGUGAGUUGGGCGGAGUUAACAACAAAGGCGACCAAACAGCCAGGACUACUCUACCUGCGCGAUCGUUCCUGACAAUAGGAGCAACCAGCGGACACAGCAACAUGGAUCCGCAGGCCAGCGGCACUUUGCCGCGGAGCUUCCCGCUAAGAGUGCUUCUAACAUUCGGACUUAUGGCAGUUUUCGUUUCCGAGGUGAGGAGUUCGGGAGUGUUUGAGCUCCGUCUUGAGUCCUUCUCCAACCCGACCGGGUCGACCCAGGCGGGCGCGUGCUGCAGCUCCGGCCGCACGGAGACUGCGUGCUCCGCUCCCUGCAAGACCUUCUUCCGUGUCUGCCUCAAACACUACCAAGCGCAUGUGUCCCCCGACCCGCCCUGCACCUUCGGAAGCCUGGAAACCCCCGUCCUGGGAGGAAACUCCUUCGACAUCCAGGAUUCCGACAACUUUGCCAACCCCAUCCGCCUGCCCUUCAGUUUCACCUGGCCGGGCACGUUCUCCCUGAUCGUCGAAGCCUGGCAUGAACUGGACGCCACUACUACUGCAUCCACUGGCUCCGACCAAGAAACUCGCACCCUGAUCACCAGACUGGCUACGCAGCGCCACCUAUCUGUCGGCGAGGUAUGGCACGAGGAUACCCACAUCGAAGGACAGCAACAGCUCAGCUAUGCCUACCGUGUUGUUUGCGACGAGCACAACUACGGCGAGGGAUGUUCUGUCUACUGUCGCCCAAGGAACGACGUCUUCGGCCAUUACACCUGCAACGAGGAGGGAGAGAAAGUCUGCCGCGAAGGGUGGAAGUCAGGAGAGAAGGAGCAGGAGGGCCAGUACUGCACUGAACCGAUCUGUAUGGCUGGCUGCAGCGAUCGUCAUGGAUACUGCGAGACUCCCGGCGAGUGCAGGUGCCGUGUUGGAUGGCAGGGAAAGUUCUGUGACGAGUGCAUCAGGUACCCCGGGUGUCUCCACGGCACGUGCCACCAGCCCUGGCAGUGCAACUGCGACGAGGGGUGGGGAGGACUCUUCUGUAACCAAGAUCUCAACUACUGCACCAACCACAAGCCCUGUAAGAACGGCGGAACCUGCAGGAACUCCGGCCAGGGGAGCUACACUUGCAGCUGCCCCCAGGGCUACACCGGCACCAACUGCGAGAUCGACGUCGACAAUUGCACGAACAAGCCCUGUCUGAACGGAGGAGUCUGCCAGGACUUGGUCAACAACUACACAUGCACAUGCCCGGUGGGUUUCUUCGGCAAGCGGUGCGAGAUCCAGGCCCAGGACUGCCACAACAACCCCUGCCAGAACGGAGGGCAGUGCCAGCAGGUCGCCGGACUCGUCGUCUGCUCAUGCGCACCAGGCUUCACCGGCUCCACCUGUGAAACCCCAGUGAACGAAUGCGAAUCCAACCCUUGCAUGAACGGUGGUCAGUGUGUGGAUGAGGCCAAUGGCUACUCCUGCGUCUGCCAGCCCGGCUUCACCGGACCUCGCUGCCAGGUGGACAUCGACGACUGCAAGAACAACCCCUGUCAGCAUGGCGGAUCCUGCGUGGACCAUGUCAACAGCUUCACCUGCCGUUGUGUCCCAGGCUACAUCGGAACGCUGUGCGAGACCAACGUGGACGACUGCCUCCUGCAGCCCUGCGCCAACGGCGGCACCUGCUUCGACCGCAUCAACGAUUACUCCUGCCAGUGCCCGGCCGGGUUCGCCGGCAAGGAUUGCACCGUCAAUGUGGACGACUGUGCCGACAAGCCGUGCAUGAACGGCGGCACCUGCCUGGACAGGGUGAACGGGUACGUCUGCCGCUGCCCCGAGGGGUACGGAGGACACAACUGCCACCGCCGUGACGGCGUCGACGUCCCUUCAGUCGAAGACACCUCGUCAUCACCUGAGACUUCCACACCCGUCAUCACCGUGGGCAAGGACACUGAAGCCCUGGCCGUGAACACUCCCGAGGAGUCUUCGGUCGGAGCCGAGAUUGCCAUCUAUGCCGCGCUUGGAAUUGUGGUACCAAUCCUGAUGCUCGCAGCUCUCGGAUUUGUGGUGUACAAGAAGAUCAAGAGGGACAGAAGAGCACAGGACUCAGCAGAAACAAACAACAGAAUAGUCAACAACCUGCAACCGCCAACAACAAUCAGCUUGAAAAUCAGCAACGAGGAAUGUGACUCUUUAAAAGGCAAAUCAUUGACUCUAAAAACAGCGGACAUUUACGAGGAGGAGGACGAAUCAACCUUCAGCGAAAAACAGAAGGACAACAGAUACUCCACGUCACAGUCCAACAGCAACACAGAAAAAGAGCUUAGAAGAGAUUCAUUCGUGGAGAAAUUGAAGCCGAGGCCCUCAAACAACGUAGAGUCGACGAGACAGUCAGUCUACGUCAUCAACGCAGACUACGAAUUAGCUACAGAGGUAUAGCGGGCCAAGUGCAACAACCUUAGCUGAGUAGUGAGUGCCUUCCCGUCAGUGUGCAGCUAGCAGACGAUAGCCGGGCUACCGUUCCUAGACAAGCAGCGCCAGUGGUGCUGCUAUGACAACUGUGACGUCAGACACUGCAGAUUAAAGUGUGCCUUUUGUAGACCCAGAAAAUUUUGUAAAUUUUCUACAGAGAGAAAUUAUGAUAAAGCAAACGAAGAGAGAGAGAUAAUAAUGUUAAAAAUCGUUUCCUAUUUUUUGAGUCAAUAUAUUUGAUUGUAUGUUGAAUCGUACGAUUGACUGAUCAUGGACCUCACGGAAAAUCCGUGUCAAGAUGAGAUUAGAUGAUAUGAGACUUGUAAUGUUGUUUCCAUGUUCAACGACUGCAUAGUGUUACAAAAAGAUUGUACACAACGUCUAUUCUAUUUAUAGAACCUGUUAAAUGUAUACAUAUAUUUAUGUAUUGUUAUGGAACGUUUGUUCAUGAAUAAAAAGUCUGAUUAUUUUUGCAAA